UAAACAAACAAUAACUUCAGGUUUAACCAGUUAAUGACCGAAUAGGGGGCAGGCCUUUCCCCCCAUUUUACAGCUAUAAAAUGGUAUGCGCUUCCUCUACCUGUCACCUACGCUUUGGUUCUUAACAGAAAGACUAAAUUAGGAAAAGUUCAUGCGUGGGGGAAACUUGUCACGGUCAAGGUGAUUACAAUGGAGCAUUAUACAGUUCCAAACAAACAAGGUGCACAGAUUCCACUCAAGACUGAAGUAAGAGAUAAACUUUCAUGCCUCGAUGUUGUUUGGGGAAAUAUGUUUGAAGGGGAGGAUAUUGAUCCUCAGCUCACCUUGGAGAAAGAAGCAGAGUUCUACAGAGGAGCCCCACCACAAUGGCUGAACUUCUACUGUGCUGAGAAAAACCGUACACCUUUUGUUAAGAGGGACAUAUACACAAAAAUAACGGAGGCUAUCCAAAAGAGAAGAGAAAUGAACCAUAGCAUUUCCAGCAUUAAUGUCUUUCAUCAACCAGGCAGUGGAGGUACCACACUGGCGAUGCAAGUUCUCUGGGACUUGAGGAAAAAGCUCAGAUGCGCACAAGUAAUUGAUUCAGUAUCAGAUUCAAAAGCAAUUGCACAACAAGUGAUACUUCUGUUUAAUGCGGGGUAUUCAGAAAACCAAAACACAGUCCUACUAUUUGUGGAUAACAAGGAGACAGAAGAAAACGACGAAAUGGAAUUUAACUCGCUGCAAGAAAAUUUGAUUCGAAAUAUAAAACAAAGCAACAUCAGCGCAAACAGUCCUGUGGUCAUCAUUUUGAACUGCCUUCGAAAAAAGUACAAAGCCGGAAAGGAGAAACUAAUGCUGUGUUCAAGUCUUUCGAAAGAAGAGCAGGACCGUUUCAACGCCAAGCACACAGAGGUUGUUCAGAGACAUGACGGACACGACACGUUUCAUGGCUUUAACAUAAUGCAGAGGAAUUUCAGCCAAUCUUACAUUACAAAGGCCUGCGAAUAUAUUAAACCUUUAAAGAGAAAAAGGAGACCUCGCAAUGCUCAAAUGCUGUCUUUUUUGGCUUUGGUUAACUCGUAUGUCCCAGGCUCAUUCCUCACUGAGUCUCUGUGCCUAGAGUUCUUGGAUAAGAAAAAUCGCAUUAUUGGCCGUCCCACUUUGGAAAAGCAAAUGAGGGCCUUUGCUGAUCUUCUGGUCAUAUAUUCAACGUGUGCCGGAGGGGCCAAAUCUAAGGACAGGUGCAUACGAAUGGCACAUCCGAUGAUCGCUGACGAGUGUCUGUCGUUGCUAACUGAUGCUGGUGUAACUUUGGGUGAUACAACUUUAAAAAUCCUCUCAGACUUGUGCCAUCAAACGGUCCAGCCUUACUUGGUGAAAAUAAUUAAACAGCUGCUAAAAAAGCGAGAAACGGAUCUGAAAGAAGUUGGCGAGAAUCAAGAAAAAGAAGAAAAACUUCCUUUCUCCAAACUUAUCCAAGAUAUUAAGGAGAAAGAAAAGAAAUCGGUAUGUGUGGGACUGCUCAGGCGCGCAGCUAAGAAGUUUCCACAGGAUCCAUUUAUUCCACAGGCUCUUGCACGUUUUUACUACAUUGUACUAAACGAUUAUGAAAGAGCUGCAUUCUGGGCAAAAACUGCUAUUGACAGAGAUCCAAAUAAUUCUUUUAUCAGAGACACACUUGGACAAGUUUACAAAAACCAACUGAAGAACCAAAGCCUGUCAACACCUUCUAGAAAGAUGUUACAGAUUACAAAGCAAGCAUUCAAAGCUUUUGAAGAAGAGGAGGAGACUGCAGAAAAGGAACUCGAACCAGGGAUGCAAGACAUCUGUGUGACUAACAUCUCUAAAGUUUUUAAUUACAGGGGGAUUUUUGGCUACAUACAGGUAGCAAAAACAAUUUUCUACAAGCUAGAAACUGUCAACCCAGAAUGGUCUAAAGUGCUCAGACGGGAAACAAAGUCUCACAGUUUAAUCCACUCCGAAAGGUGUGAAAAACACCAAUAUCUCCUCACAAGUUUAGGGCAAACAAUUGGGAAGAAAUGCAGUUUUUUGGAGACUUUUCUAAUAUACUCAAAGAAAAAGAUUGAUAAAGUUGAUCCACAGUACACUACAACAGACACUGUGGAGUGUUAUGAAAAAUAUAUAAAGAAUGAGAAACGAUUCUUUUGCAGGUCUUUUGCGGGUAUGCUUUCCACUUUAAGCCAUAUCACGAGCGUUUCUGACCUGGAACAAAUCACAGAACAAUGGAAAGAGAUUUAUAUGUGUUACCGAACUGAGAGGGAAGCUCAAAACUACAUCCUUGCCAACAUUAUCUUGAGUCAGAAGUCUGCAAACUCCGAAAUACUCCAAACAGUGCCAAAGCUCCAGGACAUAUUACAGAAACUUUGGGAGGGACAGAGCAAAGACAGAAGCCCAGAGUUUUACCUCUUGAUCCUUUUGUUGUUUUGGCCUGAUAGGGCAAAGAAAACAGGAAACACGCCAGAUCUUAAAGUGUGCGUCCAAUACAUGCGUGAAUCAUAUGAGAAAACCUAUCAGAAAUACCUUCGCUUUCGUUACCUUGUUCCUCUCUUCUUCCUUGGAAAUGGUGGAGGUUUGCAGAGACUGGUUCUCCAGACCGAGCUCACCAGUCUUCUUGAUGAAGAGCAUGAAAUUGAAGGUCUUCAGCGUAUCGAAGGGGAGAUCAGAAAUUAUAAGGUGUUUGCUUUGAGAGGCAGAGACCAAAUUGAAGUUUCACCUCACAAUCCAGCCAGUGUGUACAACACGGACCUGGUCUCCUUCUACCUUGGUUUUACCAUCAAAGGACCUGUUGCCUACAAAAUCAGAUAUGUUAAGAAUCCUGCUCAGUUUGUGGACAAACACAAGAAGAAUAUCAUUUAGCGUGUCAAGAAGGUGGAUUUUAUCAUAGAUGACCUUCUUCCACUGAUUGGCACCGAGCAAUACUCAACCAUCGUAACAGCUUCAACAAACAAUGAAAAAAUUAAAAGAAUAUACUCUGUUCUGUCAGCGGAUAUGAAAUAAAGGACAAAUUUUACCAGAGCCUUUUAAAGAAUGAGCAAGACCUUAUUCAAAAUUUGAAGACAUUAUAAAUUGAAUAUUUGGAAAGAAGAUUUCCAGUUAGUGUGUACUGUAAUGACGCAAUAUAAAUAGCUGUCUGAUUAUCAAAUAUUUGACAUCCAUCCAUCCAUUAUUAAUAAUUCUGUUUUUGAUUUUUAAUUUUCUUGUUUGCUCUACUCUACUUAACUAUCAGUCUAUUCUUUGCCUGGCAUGGACUGAUAAUACUUUGAAAGUUUAGCAGGUAAAGUUAUAAGCAUAGAUUCCAGGUAUGGGACACUGUUUAAUGGAUGUCUUUCAAUGUUUUUAGAAUGCUCUUUUGUGAUAAUUUAUUGACUACUUUAGUGUCUGAUUCUCUGUUAGCUGUUAAUUUACAAGAAUUGCAUAAAUUGAUCAGUUCCAUUUACUGUAAGAGUGCAUUUAUUCCAAUAAAAAUCAAUGUUCCUUAAACUCAA